GACAGAGAGGUACCCGGACCAGCUGACAGCAUGGCACCUGUGUGAUGGAGACAAGGACACCGGAUACCGAGCUACAGCCUAGGGGUCUGUUUCACAUGCACAUGGAGACUCUGCUGAAACGAGCGCAAGAGGAAACUGAAAUCAAGAAGGCAGUUAUCUAAUCAAUGGAAGCAAACCUCCUUUCUGUUGGGCAUAACCAUGAGAGCAGUGACUCAUUUGUUGGAGCAAAUGAAGUGGGGCUACUUAUGUGCUAGAUUUAUUUAAACCUUUUUUUAUUGGUUAACCAUAAUCAAUACCAAGAAGAGCAGAGACUUCUAAGUUGUGUGAUGGUGCAAUGAAAUGAGGCUCCGCAAUGGAACUGUGGCAACCGCUUUAAUCUUCAUCACUUCUUUCCUCAGCCUGUCUUGGUAUACAGCCUGGCAAAAUGGGAAAGAGAAGUUGAUUGCUUACCAACGAGAGUUUCAUGCUUUGAGAGAAAGACUGCGUGUUGCUGAGCAUAGAACCCUACAGCGGUCUUCAGAGCUCCAUGCUAUUCUGGAACACUUUCGGAGAGUGAUAACUGAAGCUAAUGGGAGCAGAAGUGCUUUAAGUAAUGUUUCAGAUGAAACACAGAAACUGCUAAAGGAUCUAAUCAGCAUGAAAUCCCUACAAGUGCCAAAUAUAUACUACCAUAUGCCUCACUUACUAAAUCAUGAAGGGAGCCUCCAGCCUGCUGUGCAGGUUGGACUUGGAAGAACAGGAGUAUCAAUCGUAAUGGGAAUUCCAACAGUGAAAAGGAAAGUAAAGUCCUACUUGACUGAAACUCUACACUCACUGAUUGACAAGUUGUCUCCAGAAGAAAAACUAGACUGUGUUAUAAUAGUCUUCAUUGGAGAGACAGAUCUGGAAUAUGUUCACAGUGUAGCUGGAAGCCUGGAGAAAGAAUUCUCCACAGAAAUCAGAUCCGGCCUUGUGGAAGUAAUCUCACCUCCUGCUACCUAUUAUCCAGAACUUAAUAAUUUAAAAGAAACUUUUGGAGACUCAAAAGAGAGAGUAAGGUGGCGAACAAAGCAGAAUUUGGACUAUUGUUUUCUCAUGAUGUAUGCUCAGAGAAAGGGUAUUUAUUACAUCCAGCUUGAAGAUGAUAUUGUUGCCAAGCAAAAUUAUUUUAAUACAAUAAAGAAUUUUGCGCUUCAGCUGGCUUCUGAAGAUUGGAUGAUUCUUGAAUUUUCUCAAUUAGGAUUUAUAGGUAAAAUGUUUCAGGCUCCAGACAUAACACUUAUUGUUGAGUUCAUUUUCAUGUUCUUCAAGGAAAAGCCCAUCGACUGGCUUCUAGACCACAUAUUAUGGGUGAAAGUCUGUAACCCAGAAAAAGACGCAAAACAUUGCGAUAGACAAAAAUCUAAUUUGCGGAUCCGUUUCAGGCCUUCCCUGUUUCAGCAUGUUGGGUUGCAUUCUUCAUUAACAGGGAAAAUACAAAAGCUUACAGAUAAAGAUUUCUUGAAACCGCUCCUGCACAAAAUUCAUAUAAACCCUCCUGCAGAAGUCUCCACUUCCUUAAAAAUCUAUCAAGGCCACACACUGGAAAAGACUUACUUUGGUGAAGAUUUCUUCUGGGCUAUCACACCAGUAGCAGGGGACUUCAUGCUUUUUAAAUUUGACAAACCAGUGAAUGUAGAAAGGUAUCUGUUUCGCAGUGGCAACCCUGAGCACCCAGGAGACUUGUUCCAGAAUACAACAGUAGACAUUUUGCCUUUCAAGAAAGACAAUUUAAUGCUGAGGAGGGAAACCAAAGAAUUGCAAUUAAAAGAUGGCUUCUUUAGAACAGGUAAAUUUGAAGAUGGAAUAGCAGAGGGACCUGUGGACCCAGGUCUGAAUCCCAUUGCUGCAUUCCGGCUCUCAGUUUUACAGAAUUCAGCUGUUUGGGCAAUUCUUAAUGAGAUACAUAUAAAGAAAGCUCUUCCAGAUUAUUGAUCCUAAACAACAAGACAAUGCACAAGAAGCAUCAACAGUGGCUGGAUGUUUUAUUUCAUCACUGCCUGCUAUGUGCAUGUACCUUAAUUUCAAUUAUUUUACGUUUAUUUUUAUCUCUACCUCUGCGAUAUCUACUGUAAGCAGAUUGUAAAUAUGCUAACGUUUAGUCAUUGUUAAGAUUUGAUCAACAACUUGCCUAUUAUGUAAUCUUGGCGCAAAUUAUUUUACAAUCAAGGUAUACUUUCCUAUUUUUAUUAGAUGAAAGAUGUACAUAUAAAUUAUGUAAAGUCAGAAAAAAGUGUUUUAUGCAGGAAGUACUUUGAAAUUAGUUUUAUUACUACACAUUUUGUAGAUAAUCAGAGAAAAUAUAUAUAUAACUCCAGCUAAUAAAGAUAUUUAUUAUGA